AGAAAAUAAUGAGCGAUAUAGGUGUUAAAAUCGUUAAAGUUCUUAAUGCAGGAUCUGCGUAAAUAUUAAUACAUAAAUUUAUUUAGUAUUGUAUUAGCUUUUGCAGGAUUUUGGAUAGCCAUAAGUCAAUUAAUAAAUGGUCAUUUUAAUAUUGCUUCAUUUUUUGGACCAUUCUUCUUUGUGUAAAAUUUGAUUUCUCAAAUAUUAGAUUUUUUGGAUUUUUAUUGGUAGCAAAUGAAAUAAAAUUCGGACAUGUUUUAAAUGAAUAUGGAUUUUUGAAGACGUUUCUUGGAAGAGGAUUAUUUUAUAUUUUGUAAUUUAUUCCAUACUAUUAUAAUUUUAGUUUGUCAGGGGUUGUGUGUUAUGGAUAUUAUUCAAUAGCAGAUAAUUAUGUGUAAAUAAUGAAUCAAAUUAAAAUAGAGCAGGCAAUAUAUACGGAACAGUGUUUUUCGUGUUAGGAGUCUUUUAUUUGCUAAUGAAUUUUUAUGUAAGAUUUUUAGAAAUAUCCUUAAUAGCCAAAGGGAUCAUUAGGCAAUAUUUCAAGAGUAUUAUUAAUAUAUAUUUACUUAAUUAGUCUUUAUAGAUUCAAUGAUCAAUCAUUAGACAUAUUUAAAUUAUAAACAUAUUAAAAUAGUAUAAAUAAUUUAUGCAAUAACUUAAAAUUGAUAAAAAAAUAGUUAUGGAAUCACGUUUAGAGUUAAAACAACAUCUUCAAAAUUUUAUAUUAUUAAAGAGAAUCCAAUAACUACUUCAGCAGAUAAUAAAAUAUUUAUAUGAUUUGCGAUGAAUCAAGAUUGCAACAUAGAUUAAAGGAUAAGUUUUAUAUUGAAAUAAUUUAAUUAAUAUCUUUAGUUGAAAAAUAAAAGUAUGAUGCAACAACAAAUGAAAAUUGUAAAUGGUAAAAUUCAGCAAGAAAAAAUAUUCUUGAAGUAAGUUUAAAGAGAAAAGAUAUUAACUCUUAAAUAUAAUAACCCUAGAGUCAUUCAAUAGGCUAAACUCUUGUGUAAUCAAGAUUGACUUAAGGAUCAGCUGGACUUAAUAGGGCAUCUUAGAAAUAAAAUUAAGAUCAAUAAAGUUCAAAUUCUAUUUAUUAUGAUGAGAAUAAAAAUUAAUAAUUGAAGUUAGAAUCCUUAAAGUAGAAAUAUUAAGAAUAAGCUAAAUUAAUUGUAAAAAUAAUAAAUAUUCUAGGAAUAAUAUAAAUGAACUUUAGAUAGAAAUGCUUUUAUUUAUGAUUUGUUAAAGAAAUAAAAGGAAAAGGAAUGACCUGAUUAAAUCAUUGCUUCUACAUUAAGAGAUAAAACAAGUAUAUAGGAAUUAUUUUUUUCAUCAACAAUAGCACAUAUUUUAGGAGCAUUACUGA